UUUUUUCAGUAGAAGGAGUAUAAAUAUUUUCCAGAUUAAUUCCCUUGAUAUCGGAAUCGUGUUUACAGCUCUGCACAGUGCACUCGCGUGAAACCCACAUUGACGGAGCGAGCAAGCAAAUGUUCUUACUAGCAGUUGCGAAAGACCCAAUUUUAACAUUAUCACACUGACACACAGUGAAUUGCGAUCGGCAUGGGGAAACCUAAGAAGGGACGCGGGGCACAAGCAGAUGAUGAACUGGAUGAUAUCGAGAAAGAGCUAGACAUGAUGAGACUGGAGUCUGGAAUUCAGAAUGAUGGGUCAGAUGAUAGUGUACCAGUUGUAAAACAAAAAGAAAAGAAGAAGAAAAAAAAGAAGGAGGCAGCUGAUAAUGAGGAUGAUGAUGCCGAUGAUACGACACAUGGACCCACGAAAAAAGAGCGAGGGAAGAAACAAGAGCUUGACAUAGAGGGCGCAAGUGAUGAAGAGGAUGCAGAAAUCCUUCCGAGGAACAAAAGGAAAGACAAGAAGAAGAAGAAAGUUGAGGAGCUGAGUGAGGAGGAAGAAGAAGCACCUGCCAUCACAAAAGGCAAGAAAACGCAGAAGAAGAAGAAGAAGCGAGGUGGCGACAUCAGCGACAGUGAGGAAGAUGAUGACGAAAACGUAAAAACAGAACCCACAACGAGGAGUAAGAAACGCGACAAGAAGAAAAACAAGAAGGCGCGUGACUUGAGCGACGACGAUGAUGAUGAAGAGGAGGAUUCCGUGCAGCCGAGAAGCAAUCAGAAUGAACCAACCUUUGAUGAAAAAAACAGCAAGCCAAAUAAGUUGUCUGCUUAUGCGAUGCUGGCCAUUGAAGACAGUGACAAUGAUGGCGGCGAGGACCGUGAUAGUGACGAUGACUCGGUUGAACGUCCUCCGACGCCUGAACCGAAGGUUGUUGAGGCAAAGCCAAAGAAACAGAAGGAGAAAAAGGGCAAGAAGGGGAAGCAGAAAACAGAGGAGGAUGACAUUGAUGCCCUUCUCUUAGAGAUUGAGUCAAAAUCCUCCGGCAAAAGUAAAAAGGGAAAGAAAGGGAAGGCGGCAGCGCAGGAAAUGGACGUGGAGAUGGAAGAAGCGAAGCAAGGGGAGGAGGUGCCGGCAGAGAACGGGAAGUCUGUAAAGAAAAUAGAGGAAGCAGGAGAGGAUGUUGAGGUAAAUGCGGUGGUUGUGGAUCCAGAGGAGGAGGCCGAGCGACUGGAGAUGGAGAUGAAGCAGAAGAAAAAGAAGAAGAAAGGCAAGCAAAUAGAGGAGAAGGAGGAGGAGCCAGCAGACGAGCCAGGAGAGAUGGAGGAGGAAGGAGAACCUGAGGAUAAGGAAGAUGUGGAGGAAAUGGGAGAAGAGGUCCACACAGUGAAGACAGCUGCUCAGAAAAAGGCGGAGAAGAAAGAACGGCAGAAGCGCGAGGCACAGAAAGUAAAGAAAAAGGGAAAGAAGGCAGAUGAGGGUGAGGAAAUUCUUGACACAAAGACUGAGGAGAAGUCAGUGGAUGAGAAGAUGGAGGAAACAGUGGAAGCCAAGGCCACUGAAACGAAAGAAGGCGAAGGUGAAGACAAUGAAGACGGAGAGGAAACUGAAAAGAAGAAGGAAAAAACGAAAAAGAAGAAGGGUAAAGACGACAAGCCAGAGAAGGACAAGAAGAAAAUGGGAUCGAAACAGCUUAAAGUCAUGCAAGAAGCCCUGCGAAAAAUUGAGGAGGAGAAGGAGCGGUUGUGGAAGGAGGAGGAGGAGGCUGAGAAGCGAGCGGAGGAGGCAGAGAGACUGCGUGAGGAGAAGGCGAGGCUUGAGCUCGAGAAGAAGGAGAAAAAGAAGCAAAAGGAGAAGGAAAGGAAGGAGCGAUUGAAGGCUGAAGGAAAGCUGCUGACUAAGAGCCAGCGACAGGCGAAAGCACGAGCAGAGGCUAUGCUGGAAUCUCUCAAAGCUCAGGGAUUUGCUGUACCAGCAAAGGAUGAUGAGGAAGGAGCAGCACUACCCCAAAAGAAGCGCCCUAUCUACAAGGACAAGAGGUCAAAGUUCAAGCAACAACAGAAACUCGAACGGCAAGCGUCAGACGAGGUGGCAACACAGGAAGCAGAGAAGACGGACACUAUGGAGGUAGAGGAGGCGAAGAAGACGGUGGAGGAAAAAAAGCCAGAAGAGGAAGAGGUGGAGAGCUGGGAAAUGAUUGAAGAGGAAAAAGAGGAAGUCAAAGUUGAAGAGAAGCCUAUUGUACAGAAAGAAGAAAAGCCAAAACAUCAUCACAAGGCACCAGUCAAGGCACCGUCUGUGGAAAAGGAGGAGAAGGAAGAGGAAGAAGAGGAUGAUGAUGAUGAGGAGGACGACGAGGAGGAGGAGGAGAGUGAGAGUGAAGAGGAAUCUUCAAGCGAGGAGGAGUCAGAUGAUGAGAGGACGCCUGCGCAGAGGGCACGAGAGAAGGCUGCAGCUAGAAUUGAGAAGCGAAAGUCGGAGGCUGAGAAGAAUGUGAGUGUGGACAGGCUGCGCACGCCCAUCGUGUGUGUGCUCGGUCACGUUGACACGGGAAAGACGAAGAUUCUCGACAAGAUUCGCCGGACCAACGUCCAGGACGGGGAGGCUGGGGGCAUUACGCAGCAGAUUGGUACGACCUUCAUCCCUGUUGAAGCCAUACAGGUGCAGUCCAGCAUGGUGAAGAAGUUCGUUGAGAACGGCAUCAGGGUGCCGGGGCUGUGCGUCAUCGACACGCCCGGCCACGAGUCGUUUAGCAACCUGCGUGUGUGGGUCGUCGCUCUGCUGAAAUCGCCGGCUAGUCUGGACAUCAUGCACGGCCUAGAACCGCAGACCAUCGAGUCGAUAAACCUGCUCAAGCUCGCCGAACAGACUCCGUCUCGUCGCCUUAAACAAGGUGACAAACACAAGCGUGGACUGCAGGGGGGGCGUCCCGAUGUGAUUGACAGCUUGCAUGGAGAGUGGGACCCCCAGUCGGACGGCGGGCACGCUCAAGAAGCAGCUAGCAAACACAAAACAGCGUUAAGAACAGGGUCCAGCGAGGUCGUCGUAACAGUUCGCAAGAGCAGUGACCCCUCUAUAAGUUUGAACGUGGCGCUGUUCUACGAGAACAAGGACCCGCGAACCUACAUCUCGCUCGUGCCGACGUCAGCGCACUCUGGUGACGGCAUGGGCAACCUGAUGGCGCUGGUGGUCGAGCUGUCGCAGACGAUGCUGGCCAAGCGCGUCGCUCGGUCAGACAGUCUACAGGCGUCGGUCAUGGAGGUGAAAGCUCUGCCUGGGCUCGGCACGACGGUCGAUGUAAUCCUUGUCAACGGGACGCUGAGAGAGGGCGACACCGUCAUCAUGGGCGGCGUUGAAGGCCCUAUCGUGUCGCAGGUGAGGGGGCUACUCACACCCCCCGCCAUGAAGGAGAUGAGGGUCAAGAACCAGUGGGAUCACCACAAGGAGAUAACGGGUGCUAUAGGUGUGAAGAUCAUUGGCAAGGAUCUGGAGAAGGUGCUAGCUGGCCUGCCUCUGUUUGUAGCUGAGCAAGAGGAUGAGAUUCCAAUCUGGCAGGAUGAGAUAAGUGCACACCUCAGUCACAUGCUGAACUCCAUUAAGAUGGAGGAGAGGGGUGUCUACGUACAGUCCUCGACGCUCGGCUCCCUAGAGGCACUGCUAGAAUUCCUCAAACAGUCGAAAAUACCCUAUGCCGGCAUCAACAUUGGACCCGUACAUAAGAAGGAUGUGAUGAAAGCAUCAACAAUGAUAGAGUUUGAACCACAGUUUGCCUGCAUCCUGGCAUUUGAUGUGAAGGUGGAGAGAGAUGGACAGGAGAUGGCUGAUAGCCUAGGGGUGCGCAUCUUCCAGGCAGACAUCAUCUAUCACCUGUUCGAUUCAUUCACCAGCUAUCAGAAUGACUACAAGAAGAGGAAGCAGGAGGAGUUUAAACACCUGGCCGUGUUUCCCUGCAAGUUGCGUGUGCUCCCACAGUUCAUCUUCAACUCUCGGGAUCCGAUCGUGCUGGGUGUGUCUGUAGAGGCGGGCACCAUCAAGCAUGGCACGCCCCUGUGUGUGCCCACGAAGGAG